AUGGAGCUGUAUACAGUGCUCGACUAUGAGCGACUCGCCAAAGAGAAACUGGUUAAAGAUGCAUGGGAGUAUUUCAACUACGGAAUGGGACGAAAAUGGUGCUUUCAGGAUAGCAUCGAGGCAUUUUCGAGAUAUCGAAUAAGAAGCCGGGUGCUUCAGGAUGUUUCUAAGCGUAGCCUAGCCACAGCAGUUCUUGGUCAGUCCAUUCCAUAUCCAAUCUGUAUUUCACCUACAGCCUGUCACUUCUUUGCUCAUCCUGACGGCGAAGAGGCAACGGCAAAAGCUGCAGAAGCUGCAGGAGCCUUGAUGGUACUCUCUUGCGAUGCAGGCUCUUCCAUGGAAGACGUGACCAUGGCAGCACCAGGAGGUCUCCGAUGGAUGGGCAUCUAUCCCUUUACAGAUCGCCAGCUCACAGAAUACACCAUCCGCAAAGCAGAGAAACUGGGAUUCAAGGCACUUGUUACAGAUAACUUUGGAACCAUUCCAAUGGAAUGCCUCUAA